AUGGAUGAUGAUGAUUUUUUUGGAGGAGAUGAAAGAGAUGCUCAAAGAAUGAUAGCAGAAAGGGAAUUAAAAAAAUUAGAGAAUGAAUUUAUUACAAUGGGAUUUAGAUAGGGUGCCUUAGAGGAAAUUGAAAAUAAAGAAAAGGCUGCUUUGAAUAAAGGCCUAAGAGAUGGUAUGGAUAUUACCCAAACAAUUGGGUAUAUGAAAGGAAAGAUAGAAUUCAUUAAAAAUAUGGUUGCUAGGUUUUAAAAGAGAGUUGAUGAAUAAACAAUAUAAAAUAUAAAUAAAAAGUUAGAAUUCAUGAAUAAUUUUAAAAAAGGCGAGACAAGCGAAGAACAAGUUAGAGAAUAUAUUUAGUAAAUCCUUUAAUUAAUUGGACAAGCAUUUUAAAACUCUACUGAGUGA